AUGCAAAAUUAAGGGUAUAUGCCAUAAUAAUAACAGUAGCAAUUUUAGUAGUUUGCUCAGCAAAAUCAAAUUUACCAAAAUUAGUACAAUCCUUUCGCCGCAUAAUAAAAUCCUUACUAAUAACCAUUAAAUCAGCCUUUAAUGAAUUAUCAAUAGUAAAUGCCUAUGCAUUCUGACCCUAAUCUACUUUUGUCGCAAAAUACUCCAAGAGUAGUUACUUAAACUACUGAUUCUUUAAACGAUAGAAAUGCAUUUGAAGAUUACCUCACAAGAUUUGAACAAGAGUAUGAUUCAUAUUUAUUCAAUUUUUACAGAUAUGUUAUGAAGAAUGCUUAAAGGGAUAGAACACCAUCACCUAUGAGGAGAGUUAAUUCAGAGAAUACAAUUAAUAGAUCUAGGUCAGCAUCACCUCUCUACUCUAAUGAAUUCUAAAAUCCAGCAUACUAAUAGCAACAACAACAGUAACAGCCAUAGUUCAAUCUUUCAAAUUAAAAUCAAGCAAAUCUCUAGAACUUUAUGCCUACUGCCACAGAGAAGUAAAGAUUAAUGUACAUGGACCCUCAUAGAAAUUCUAAUGGUCCAUUAAUGAAUGAAAGAAGAAACGAUCCUCUUAAUUUUAGAGAUAUGAAAUAAUAAGUCGAAGUUCUGGGAGCAUCAAUGACUUAUAGAGAUUCACCUGCUAAAACAGCAGGAACUUUCUACGAUUAAAUUGAUCCUAGAACCAGUAGAACUCAUUUCAGUGGUCAGAGUAAUGGCUAAUACUAAAUACCGACUUACUCGAGAAAUUAAAAUAUGGCUAAUCAUCAUAGUGUUCCAGAGGUAACUGACACAAUUGGAACAAUGAAAAAAUCACUUCAAUAAUAUGAAAUUGCAAAUAUAAACUAAGAUCCGUAUGUGACUUAUUAAAUAAAUAGAGAAAGAUCAAAGUCUCCCAUUUAGUAAAACAAUCUAGGUCAUAGAUUUGAUCAAUCAAUUUCAAUAGAAUAGGCGUAAAAUAUUCAUAACAAUUCAAUGCCCUCUGUAAGUAUUUACAAAAGAGAUGAGCAAAGAAUAAAAAUGAUGCAAAUAAUGAACUAGCCUUAACUUAAAACGACGCUUACCUCUUCAUAAUAUAUGAGAGAAUUAAGAGAAUAGAGUUUAAGAUAGAUUUAGAACUGGGAACAUGUUUAAAAAGAUUAUGAGGAAAAAAUAAGAAAACAACAAGAAGAACUCAAAGCAUUGCAAUUAGCUAAACCAGGAACUGCAACUAACCAAUAUGGCAGGUCAACUCUAACAACUACGUAAUCAAGAUAUGGAGGUGGGGGUGGAAGUGGUCUAUAGCCAACUAUGUCAGCGAACUCAUUUAUGAAAGGAUAUUGA